UUUUGUUUUGGACAGUGUAAGGUAACUUCCUCAGGCAGAACAAUAAACAUUUUGGUAUUUCUCCUUCCUGGCUGCCCAUACCCAGAAUACCUGCAGUAUUUUGAGAGAUCUCCAGUGCUGCACUCACUCUCUGUGGCUGGCACAAUUAAACAGUGGUUCCAUUUUUUCUCUGUUUGUUUGGAUUUGCUGGGUUUGUUCUCUUUUGCUUCCCUGACUGCUGCUAACCCCUUGUGACUAUCCCUUGUGGCACUGAGCUAUUUCCUAGGCUGCUGAACAGAGGAUCUUAUAAAUGUGUUAGCAGCCAUAUCAGAUCACUUACUUCCUUUUGCUAAUGGAGGGUGUUUUUUUAAUGUGCUCUGACAACUGGAUAGAGUCUAUAAGCUCUGACUGCUACAACUUCUGACAUUCUUCAAAGACAAUGGACAGGGUAAAUUACAGGAUGGUAGAAGAGGACUUAUGAGAUUUUGAUUGCUUAACCAUAGACAUGAAACAGAAUCACUUCCAGAUAGCUUUUUACAGGUGUUUCCCAAUGUGCCAUAGGGGACUUUCCCAGUGUGUCAGUGGCAGCCCUAGGAAAAGGUACAGGAUAGCCUUGGACAGUGCUCAUUGUGGAGGAAAUACCUCCUCUCUGCAGGGAGUCACAGGGAAGUGGAAAGUAGUUGUGCAUGUUAGCUUGAAGUUGCCAAAAUAAAGAAACUCACUUUGAAGCCUGCAGUUUCAUGCAGUAUUUUGCACAAUUACAGUUGGAAAUGUGCUCAGCUACAGAAAAUGGAAAGAGCAAACACAGGGAGAGAGGAGAGCUUUCUGAUUCUGUGGUAAAAUAUUAAGAGAAAGAUGGAAGGUACAGUUUAUAUUGCAGAAAAGUUACCUGAGAAUAUUAGGUAAUUUGGAAUUUGGCAAAAAUUUGGUCCACUUUUUGUUGCAGAUGAUGCAGAAAUAGAAAAGAAACUAGGGGUUUUGUAAUGGAUUGGGAAGUGAAACUCUUGCUAAGAAAAAAAAAUACCCACGUGACACAUACUCUGGUAUUGGUCUGAAAACCCAGGAGUCAGAAUACCUGUUUUUGGAAAACCUUAUUCUGCCACUUUGGUGUGCUGAUGUCCAUCUGUCUGUUUUCAGUAUCAUUUGGAAUAAUUUGUUCAGGAUUGAACUGUCUCUCCAUUGACUGAAGAGUUGCUUUACUUUCUGUGGCAGGCACGGGUCAGAGGACCGUUUGUAAAGCAAAAGGCACAAACCUUUGCUGAUUCUGUUGUCUCACAGAUUUCAUUCUGCUGCAGCUGGUGGCUGAGCAUUUCUGCCUGGGAUGGCUGAGGAUCAGGAGCUGACUCAGGCACACCAAGCUGCUCUGGAGCCGCCGGUGCAGCAGCGCAGCAGCAACACUUACCGCAGUGCAGAGCACUCGCAGGCUCUGCUCAGCGGGCUGCUGUCUCUCCGGGACAGCAGCAUCCUCUUCGAUGUGGUUCUGGUCGUGGAGGACAAACCCAUUGAGGCUCAUCGCAUCCUUCUGGCUGCAUCCUGCGACUACUUCAGAGGAAUGUUUGCAGGAGGAUUGAGAGAGAUGGAACAAGAAGAAGUUCAUAUUCAUGGCAUCUCCUACAAUGCAAUGUGCAAAAUCUUGAACUUCAUUUACACUUCUGAGCUGGAACUCAGUGUGAACAGUGUACAAGAAACUUUAGCUGCAGCUUGUCAACUUCAGAUUCCAGAAGUCAUUAAGUUCUGCUGUGAUUUCCUCAUGUCCUGGGUAGAUGAAGAGAACAUCCUUGAUGUGUACAGACUAGCUGACCACUAUGACUUGAGGCAUUUGAGUGAACAGCUGGACUCCUACAUUUUGAAGAACUUUACAGCUUUCUCAAGGACACAGGUGUACCGACAGCUACCCCUGCAGAAGGUCUACUCCCUUCUCAGCAGCAACCGUUUGGAGGUUAACUAUGAGUUUGAAGUUUAUGAUGGAGCACUUUUUUAUCAUUAUUCUCCAGAGGAACUGGAGACAGAUCAGGUCUCCCUGAUGGAACCCCUUAAGCUACUUGAGACAGUUCGUUUUCCUCUGAUGGAACCCCAGAUCCUGCAAAGGCUUCAUGACAAAUUAAGUCCAUGUCCUUUAAAAGAUACAGUUGCAGAUGCAUUAAUGUACCACAAGAACGAAUGUCUUCAGCCAAUGCUUCAGAGCUCCCAGACACAGCUGAGAUCAGAGUUCCAGUGUGUAGUGGGAUUUGGAGGAAUGCAUUCUACUCCAUCCAUUGUCCUCAGUGAUCAAGCCAAGUAUCUAAACCCCUUGUUGGGGGAGUGGAGGCACUUUACAGCUGCAUUAGCCCCCAGAAUGUCCAACCAAGGGAUUGCUGUUCUCAAUAAUUUUGUAUAUUUAAUUGGUGGAGACAACAAUGUAAGUGGUUUUCGAGCAGAGUCAAGGUGUUGGAGGUAUGACCCACGACACAACAGAUGGUUCCAGAUCCAGUCCCUGCAGCAGGAGCACGCUGACCUCAGUGUUUGUGUCGUGGACAACUAUAUUUAUGCCGUCGCAGGCCGAGAUUACCAUGAAGACCUGAGGGAAGUGGAGAGGUAUGACCCUAAAACCAACACUUGGGAAUAUGUGACACCUCUGAAGAAGGAGGUGUACGCGCACGCGGGAGCAGCGCUGGACGGGAAGAUGUACAUCACGUGUGGGAGGAGAGGAGAGGAUUACCUGAAGGAGCUGCAGUGCUAUGACCCGAGGACUGACCGCUGGGAUGUCCUGGCAGAUGGCCCAGUGAGACGGGCGUGGCACGGGAUGGCUGCGCUGCUGGGCAAGCUCUACGUCAUCGGGGGAAGCAACAACGAUUCUGGCUACAGGAGGGACGUUCACCAGGUUGCCUGCUACAAGCCAAGCACUGAUCAGUGGACAAACGUGUGUCCACUUCCUGCAGGACAUGGAGAGCCAGGCAUCGCCGUCCUAGACAACAGGAUUUAUGUUUUGGGAGGCAGAUCCCACAACAGGGGAAUCCGCAUGGACUAUGUCCACAUUUAUGAUGCAGAGAGAGACUGUUGGGAGGAAGGACCCCAGCUGGAGGAUGAUAUUUCUGGGAUGGCUGCCUGUGUCCUCACGUUGCCCAGGGCUAUUUUAAUGGAAACAGAGAAGUGGCUCUCAGAGUGGCACGCAGACCGAAUGAAGCAUCAUCUUGACUUUCCAUCAGAAGUUAUGAGCGUAUCAGACUGGGAGGAGUUUGACAACUCAAGUGAAGAUUAGAAAACUUUAUUUUUUUUUCCAGUGGAUGAGGAAAUUAAGGCUUGGGGAAAGUACUUGAGAGAUUUUAUAUGUCUUUCUUAUAUACAUAAAAGUAUUGAAAGGUUUUAAAACUACGUGUUCCGCACAAAAUGCCAUUCACAGUCAAUAUAUACCCAUCUGCAAGUGUUCUGCACAAAAUGCAUUUACAGGCAGUACCUGCCCACCAGCCAGAAAGCAGUGUUUUUAAAGUAACCACACAACUGCCAUUUCCCCCUGGUUGUAUAGAGGUUCUUGUACUUUGAAGGAGGCUCUUCUCAGCCUUCAGCAUGGACAAAAAAAAAAAAAGCACAGAAGGCUCAGCUUGACUAGCUUCUUUCCUUCCAGCUUCUAGCUCAAAAUAGCUUCUUGAGAUUUUUUUUUUCCUUUUCUUUUGGGUAAUAAAACUUCCUAGCCAGCUUAAUACAGGAAGGUAACACCUAGUGCUGCCCUCCUGUGCCAGGUGUCAGACAGCUUGAUUCGUUUUUCAGCAAGAGUGAACAUACAGAAACAGGAACAGUAGCAAGAAAGUCUGAACCUUCCUCUGGGCAUGCAGCCAUCCUUGUAACUGGCUGAGAUUCUGUGAGCUCACACCCACUCCUGAACUUCUAUACUGCAAGUUUUGUCAACACAGUGGAAAGAUUUCUAGAAAAAUCUCUCUGUACAGAAUAUGGCAAUCUCAUCAUUCCACUGUCAGACACAUUUGUUCUCAACCAUAAAUUAAUAAAUUCUUGUCAGAACUUUUUAAA